UUGACCUGAGUUUUGGGGGGUGGGGGGGAGGUAAACAAGAUGGCGACAACCUGACUGGCAAGAGUAAUACGAAGAGUCCGGAAAGAAAAUAAUUGAUAUGCAACUUGGUUUGAGUCACACUUUUGUUAUUUUGAAAACGGACAUAUGAGAAGCAAAUAAAAGCCUGCAACUGAGCAAAGAUUCACGCGUGUUUUAGGCAUCCGGAACCAGGGUGGCAUGGAGGACACCUGAGGCUCGGAGGAGCACACUUUUGGACGGCUUGGUCUUCCUACAGAAGCCCAGGUGACACCGCUGCAUGAAGUUAGCAGUGGAAGUGUGUUUGGAUGAAGUCCAGCUGUACAGGCUUGUGUGUCCUAAGGCAGCAUGGAUCCUUGACAGAAAUGUUGUGCUACAUUGCCUUAAACCAGGGCUUGUUGCCCCUACAUAAGGCUGAAUUGUAUUAAAUCCAUACAUAGCUGAGGGUAGAAAACAAACAAAAAAAUAUAUUUUUUUGUUGAAGUGCAUUUGUCUCAAACAAAAGGCACAACGUAAACACUAAGACAGUAGACCCAAUACAUUUUCACCUUAGUGUGCAACUUUUGAUUUAAUAGAACAAUAAUGUUUACAAAUCUGGUCUGAUCCCCAUCCCAGCCUAAUUUCUCCCUCGCCCACGUUCAGUAUUUAUCAUUAUUACCUCUCAUUUUCGGACCAAGAGGUUAACAUUGGAUUUCUCUCCGGCACCAAGAAGAUUUGUACUUUGUACAGGAGGCUCAAUCGGUGGAUCAGUCAUGAGUAUCGGAGAGAUACAUCACCUGAACUACCUGAAUGAAAAUGAACUGAUGGAGAUGGACACGUUCAUUCACCGCAUCGACUCCACCGAGGUGAUUUAUCAGCCGCGCAGGAAGAGAGCAAAGUUGAUAGGAAAGUACUUGAUGGGGGAUCUGCUGGGGGAAGGAUCAUAUGGCAAAGUGAAAGAGAUGCUGGACUCAGAAACCCUCUGCCGCAGAGCUGUCAAGAUACUGAAAAAGAAGAAGCUGAGGAGGAUUCCAAAUGGAGAAGCCAAUGUGAAAAAGGAGAUUCAGCUGCUAAGAAGACUCCAACACAAGAAUGUGAUUCAGUUGGUGGACGUUCUAUACAAUGAAGAGAAGGAGAAAAUGUAUAUGGUGAUGGAGUAUUGUGUGUGCGGGAUGCAAGAAAUGCUGGACAGUGUCCCGGAAAAAAGGUUUCCUAUAUUUCAAGCUCACGGGUACUUUUGCCAACUCUUAGAUGGCCUUGAAUAUUUGCACAGCCAAGGAAUUGUUCACAAAGACAUUAAACCAGGCAAUCUGCUGUUGACCACAGAUGGAGCACUUAAAAUCUCUGACCUGGGAGUAGCAGAAGCCCUGCACCCAUUUGCAGAGGACGACACGUGUCGCACCAGUCAGGGCUCUCCGGCCUUUCAGCCUCCGGAGAUUGCCAACGGCCUGGACACCUUUUCAGGUUUUAAAGUGGACAUUUGGUCAGCGGGAGUAACACUAUAUAACAUUACUACAAGUCUUUACCCGUUUGAGGGGGACAACAUCUAUAAGCUAUUCGAGAACAUUGGAAAAGGAGAUUUUACCAUUCCUGAAGAGUGUGGACCCCUCCUUUCAGACCUGCUGCGAGGAAUGCUCCAGUAUGACCCUGCGAAGAGGUUUUCCAUACAAAACAUAAGGCAACACAACUGGGUGCGCAAGAAACACCCUCCAACGGAGCUCCCCGUGCCCAUCCCUGCCAGCGCAGAGAGCAGGGACCCUUGGCGCAGUAUGACGGUGGUGCCCUACCUGGAGGAUCUCCACGGCUACACUGAAGAGGAGGAUGACGAGCUUUAUGACGGAGAGGACGAGAUCAUCUACACUCAGGAUUUCACAGUGCCAGGACAAGUGGCCGAAGAUCACGAGCUAGGGCUUGCGGACUACAGCCCACCUAUGGCCAAGCCCGUUUGUGUGAACGGGACAGAGGUGGGGUCUCUGAACAGCAAGGCUAAAACCGAACGGCGGUCUUCGUCCUCAUCUAACCCCUCACGCAAAGGGGUGUCCACAGCAAGCAAGAUCCGCAAGCUCUCCACCUGCAAGCAGCAGUGACGCCCCCCUUCUCUUCUCCAGUCUGUGUUGGCAGCAGCCCACUUGGCGGAGUUGUCCCCUGUCCUCCUGUCUGCAGCGGGCACGUUUGAAAUGCGCUGAAGUUGAUGCCCCUCGUUCGUGCACAGACCACCUGGCCUUGUAGAAACGUGUGCUCAGAGUAGAGUUGCAAAGGGGUGGAAAAUUUGCAGUAAAUUUCCAGGGAGUUUCUGGUAAACUUCCUUGAGAAAUUAAGUUUUGAAUUGAGGGUAAUGUAAUGGAAAGGUAUCAUAUUCAAGUAUGUUUUGUUCAGUCAUGAGCAGACAUCCAUGCAAAAUUCAGCUUUGGAAAAAUAUUACAAGAUGAAAAAGCACCUUUUUUCCUGCAAAUUCACUGACAAUAUUUAUAAUUAGAAUUUGGGAGUUAUGUUAAUAUAGAAUCAGUUUCUUUCUACUCAAACAUACCUAUAAAGGGCAAAAUCAGAGAAACUGAAUUUUUUUUUUUUUUAGUGCUCAUUUUUAAAGCUGCAAAUGAAGUUCCUUGCCCACAUGAGGUCACUACAGUACCUUAUUGCGCCAUUUUUUCCCCACUUAAGUGACGGUAUAUCUAAAAUUUGCUCAUACCUGAAAUUUUGGCUAACAAAGGGAAAAAAAACAAAAUGGCCCCGAACUCAAAAACUUUUUUCCAUUUAGAGCAUUCAUUUCAUGAGCCUAAUAAUUUGCCAGUCGUUUUGUUUUUUCUUUCGGAUAAGAAAAAAAUUAACAUACCACUAGUUUAGAUUCAACCUUGGCGGAUUACCAUGACCAGGAUUACUGAAAAUCUACAAAAAAGGAAAAAACCCUUAGCGAUCACAUUGGUAUUUUUGAUUAUUGUGACAGUAUGUUAAAAAUUACUUUUGCAAUUAUGUCAUUAGAUACGAUUUGCAUAAAAAAAUAGAACGGUCAAAAUACACUAUUUUGGGCUCAUCUCCCCAGAGCUGUACACUUUGGGAAAAUAUAUUUUAGCAUAAUUCUGACAGAAACGGCUAAAUUAAACGAGGUAAGUUUUUUUGUUUACACUCAAACUAGGCAUCGUUCCUUGACUUGUCGGUGGAAUUCAACCAAGCAUUGGAUUGUUCAGCCACUAAUAGGGGACAGCGAACAGUAGUGAGACAGGUUCGUUUCAGAUAAUUGUUGCCACAGUCGUAAUUCAAAGUGAAAAAAGUUUUAUCCCCAGUGUGGGUUCUUGUGUGAACGUACAAAAGUCCCUUCUGAGCGAAUCUUUGACCACAAACUGAGCAGGCAAAAGGUUUUCCUCGUGUGUUGUCAUGUGAGUUGUUAAAUUACUCUUGAUUUACUUGCUCUAAACCACACACAAAGCAGGAAAAAAAGUUUUCUCCUGUGUGUGUGUGUGUUAUGCUUUACAAUUGAAUUACUGCUGCGACAACACAUCAGCAAAAUAAAACGAACCUGUCUCACGACGGUCUAAUCCAGUGAUUGCCAACCAGUGUGCUGUGAGACCAUCAGGGUUGUUGUAGGAAAUGAUCCAAUUCCACUUGUCCAAAAUUAAUUACAAAUGUAUCUGUGCUCAUCUAUGUCAGUGACAGGCAGAACAAAUAUAUGUUCUUCCACAAGAUGACGGAAGGUACAACCUAUGUAACCACCUGUUGCCUUUCAUGCACUAUAUUGCCAAAAGCGUUUGCUCACCUGUCUUGACUCGCGUUUGAUUUUAAGUGAUAGCCCCUUCUAAAUCCAUAUGGUUUGUGAUGUUGGUCUACCCUUGCAGCUAUAACCGCUUCGUCUUGUAGGAAGGCUUUCAACAAGGUCUAGGAGUGAGUUUAUGGGAAUUCUUACACAUUCUUCCAGGAGCAUAUUUGUGAGGUCACACACUGAUGAACGAGAAGGCCUGGCUCACUGUCCACUCAAAAUCAACCCAAAGGUGUUUUAUGGGGUUGAGGGCAGGACUCUGCAGGCCAAGUCUCAUCCAUGUCUUUAUGGACCUUGCUUUGUGCACUGGUACACAGACAUGCUGGAAUAGGAAGGGAUAAUCCCCAAACUGUUUGUCCAAAAUAUUUUUGUAUGCUGAAACGUUCAGUUCCUUUCACUGGCGUUCAGGGGCUAAUAUUUUGGUCAUUUCCAACUUUGUGGAAACAGUUUGGAGAUUGCCCCUUCCUGUUCCAACAUGACUGUGCACAAGUCAAGGUUCAUAAAAAUAGUUUGAUGUGGCUGAACUUGACUGGCCUGCACAAUCCUGACCUCAACCUGAUAGAACACCUUUUGGAUGAAUUGGAGCGUCGACUGAGAGCCAGGCCUUCUUGUCCAACAUCAAUGUGUAACCUUACAAAUUCACUUCUGGGGAAAUAUGGUCAUAAUUCCCAUAAAGACACACAUAAACCUUGUGGAAACCUUCACAGAAGACUUUAAGCUAUAAUAACUGCAAAGGGUGGACUGAUUGUCAUAUUAAACCCUAUGGCUGAAGAAUGGGAUGUCACUUAAAAUCACAUGAGUCAAGGCAGGUGAGCGAAUUCUUUUGGCAAUAUAGUGUACAACAGACUAAUAGUUGUGUUCAAUUUAACAAAUUUCACAGUCAGUUUGUGAGCCUAUUCAGAUCAUUUCAGUAUUUGUAGUUGAUAUUUUUUGAUUUGGUGGUGUGCUAUAAGAUUUUUUGACUCUAAAAUGGAUGCAUUGGCAUAAUAAAGGUACGGAAACACUGCUUUAAUUCCAGCUCACUUUCCCUAUCAGUGGGUGAACAAUCCAAUGAGGAGUCAAGACGUACCUGGUGAGAGUGAACAUGAAAAAACGUUUUGUUUUUUUUCAGGAUUAUGCUAAAAUAUAUUUUUCAACUGUACCUUGUGGGGGGGGGGGGGGGGGGGGUUGAUUACACACAAUUACACACUGGCCCCCUUCAUUUUCUGCAAAUGCUAUGAGGCUUGAGAUACGACUAAUUCGUUCCAUGACUAUGCUUGUUUCUUAAAACUCAUCUCAAAUCACCUUUCCCCAUUGAAAUAAAAGGAAAUGCAAUUAAUCUGUUCCAGCCUCCUCAAAAAUGGGUUUUUGGAAAGGGUUAGGAAAUAUUGUAGUGUACCGUUUAUAUUUAAAAAAAAAAAAAAAAAAAGUUUAAAAUCACUAAUAACCUUUGCCCUCCACAUAAACUGCAGUUUUUCUUUAACUUUGAGACUUGAAGGCUUUGGAGGUUGCCUGAAUGAUACGUGUAACCACUUGAUUUUUUUUAGUCGCUGCUCACGCACUCGCACACUGAGAGGGUCAACGUACCUUUCAUGGGUUUCGUUGCCAUCUCCGCUGUUAUGAAAGUCUUCCAGUCAAUCUGUGACUGGUUCGUGUAUUCUCGUAGAUUACACACCUGGUCACUUCCAGUCGUUUGUGUCUGCGUGACCUAUUCUGCUGCCCCCCAGUGGACAGGUCGCACACACCCGAAAGAGCCACAAAGAAUGCACAAACUGUUUAAUUCUUUAAUUUCUACUUAGUUUUAUUUUCCCUCGCUAAAAAAUGCAUUGCAAAAUUGUUUGGUUUUGGGGGAGGCUGGAGCGGAUACAUGGCUUUUCCGUACAUUGCCAUAGGAAAGAUUAAGAUUUUGAGUUACAUGGUCACUGAACGAAUUGCGUAUCACAAGGCACCACUGUACAGUAUUUGAAUGUAGGGGUUGUCAAUUUAUAAAGUCCAACAAAUGUUCAAUUUACUCAAACAAUUAUAAAUGGCAACAUCAGAGAAACUGAUAAUGUUGCACUGGUCUCUGUCUCGCACCCCCCCCCCCCCCCCCCCCCCCCCCCCAGAGCUGUAUUUAAGUUCCCGCUUAAGAGCCAACGUUCAAUUUGGUAACUUCACAAUUUCUUCCUGUAAAUUCCCAUGGAAAGUUUCCAACCUCCUGGAAGUUUGUUGAUUCCUACCUCUGAGGGACAGUGAGAAGAGUAGGACGCUGCAAUGAUUCUCCUUACUCCAAGACAAGGAAAAGCGCUCACCAACGUCAGUCACUUUCCUCUUGCACGUCAUCGCUCUGUCAACUCCCGAUGUCGUCCGCCGUCUUCCCUCUCUCCGGAGGGCUCCAAAUGUCGCACUGGACUUUGACGAAGCCCUCACUCAUCUUCUGUUUCAUCUUUACCGCUCUGUAGCAGAUGGGCAGAGCGGGGGUAGGCUGAGUAAGGAGAUGUUCAUCCCCUAGGUGGGGGCAAGGCGGAGGUGGUCUCUGAGCAGAGAGCGUAGUGGGCACCGGCGUGGCGGCAUCAUAACGACUUCAGUUUGCAGGCCUCUGUUAAAAGGUGUUUUUUGUUGUUUUCUAUAAAACGUAUUCACGGAAUCUGUAAAAGUGGCUUUGGACUACCUUUUUGUUUUGACAGAACCUUCGUUGUUUAGAGGCACAUUGUGAUGUGUGAGGGGGAGAAUAUUAAAAAGGAAAAGCAAACAUGAUCAAUCAUUCUAUUUGUAAAUGCGUAUGAAAAGGCUUUUGAGCAUUUAUACGAUGUUCUUUAUCCUGUAGUACACUUUGUCUUCACUAGUAAGACAAUUCAGCGCACUAGUAGAAUGACUUGGUUUUUUUUCCCACUACGAGUGCCACUUUUUGCCUACUAGUAUGCAAUUAAUCCUUACUCGUAAAUUACUGUAAACUCGUAAUAUUUUUGUGCCAUAUGUGUAACUGUGUAUUUGUACGACAAAGUUGUGAAUCCUUGUCUCACACCAUCCAUUUUCUGUACCGCUUAGCACCAAAAUUCCCACUAGUAAUUUUGCUUCACUAGUAACUUAGUUCUACUAGUGUGCAGAAAUGUCAUCCAGCAGCAAAACGUUACUAGCGCAGUCAUUGUACUUUUGUGCUGAAUCGUCUUACUGGUAAGGACGAAGCGCAUAUGAGUACAUGGACCUUAAAGGAUAUCCAAUAAAUGCUCAAAUGGUUUUCCAUAAAUCUGUGACAUGCUAAUACUCUACUACCACCAACAUCCAACCUGCAUGCUGUACAAAGCUGGAAGAGGAGGACAGACGGACGGACUGAUUGUCUUGUGGGGGGAGUUUUGGUUUCCCUUUUAGUUUUGUUUUUCCAAUGAAGAUUUUUUUAUUAUUUAUAUAAAAAUGUCCCAAAAGUC